AUGCAGCUCGACGUCACCUACAUCUUGCUGCUGCUUCUCCCUAUUUUGUGCUGGGCCAAGCCAACGCCGGCCGAGGCAAAGAAGGACUUUAGCAUCCCAAGUAAUUACAUGACGGAAUCUCUAGGCAAGUAUUCCGAAAAGUUCCUUUGGAGGGUGCGCAAGUGCCUGAUCUAUCAAAAGGUCCAAUCCCCGCAAACCCAAGCCAAAGCGGCGGCCCCUCAAGACCGGAUAGCCUGGUGCUACCCUCCAAGCGACAAGAUAAAUGGUUUUAACAAGGUCCAGAAAGCAAAAGGCGAUAUUUAUUAG